AUGUUGGAGGAGGAGGGCAUCCUGAAGAUGGCUUUUUUCCUUCAGCAGAUCAGGUCCCUGCAGGCCCCUCCACAGGAAGAGGGCACCUCUUCAGCCACUGCCUUGUAUUCCUGCCACACCAGCCUGAGGUUCUCACACUUCAGGCCCCAGGUGGAUCUGCCUCUGGGACACUACCCCUACUUCCUCCACUUCCCUAAUGAGGCGAGCAGAGUGAUUCCCGAAUGGGGCGCAAAAAGAGGAACGAACACAGGUGAGCGCCCCUUUGCCUGCGACUGGCCGGGCUGUGACAAGAAGUUUGCGCGCUCCGACGAGCUGGCCCGCCACCACCGGACGCACACAGGGGAGAAGCGCUUCCCCUGCCCGCUCUGCUCCAAACGCUUCACCCGCAGCGACCACCUUACCAAGCACGCACGCCGCCACCCUGGCUUCCGCCCAGAACUGCUCCGACGCCCAGGCGCCCGCAGUACCUCACCCAGCGACUCCCUGCCCUGCAGCCUGGCUGGCAGCCCAGCGCCCAGCCCAGCACCCAGCCCAGCCCCUGCCGGCCUGUAGGGCCCAUCCAGCCCACCCGGAUCUCACCCCACCCAGAGCACCAGCAACAUGCCUGUUGUCCAGGCACCCUUCCAGCGUUCCCCCGAGGGCCCCGAGGCCUCUGAUCCCCUCAAGAAAGCAAGGAGGGGGCCUGAGACUAGACUGGGCUCAGCUGGACCUUUUGGAUAUGCCCGCCCCCGUGGGUGGCUGGGGCCCGUGUUUGUAAAUAGCCACGACCUAUAAUUCUUCCCAUCUGCUACACUGGGACCCCAGGUGGGUGGCUGGCAGGUGCUCCUCUCUCCCCUUUGCCACUUCCCUGCUUUGGGGGGGAUAUGUGUGUGGAGGGGGGCAGGAAAGGUACCCUCUGCCCAGUGCUUGGAAUCAGCCCCAGGCCCCUCUCUAGAUUGGGAAGAAGUGAGCAAAGAGCCAUAGAGGAUCCAGGGGUGACCGAGGGCCCACCCGCCUGGGGCUCCUCACCCCGUGGAAAGCCAUUGGAGAUGUUCAGGGAAAUGGGGUGCGGCCCAGCCGUCCCCCACUCGGGUAUUCGAUCUCAGGUGUUAACAGGUUCUGCCCCACUGCCCACGGGAGGCAGGUGGGCAGGGGGAGGGGGAGGGUAACCAUAGGGUCCGGGUUUUGCUUCUGAGAUGGGGGAGGGUGGGAGAGGAGCAGGGUUCUUCCAAAGAGCAUUUGCCUCACUUUGGGGGGAUGUGGAUAUGGGGAUGGAGUGAAUGCUGGCUUAUUUAUUUUCUUGUCUCUGCUGGCUGGGGUGCUGCCUGCCCCCCUGGGUGGGUGUGGUGUGUUAGUGUAAGUGAGAAGCUGGUGCCGCAGCUACUCCCUGCUCCCAACGUUGGCCUUCCACAGCAUCACGUGACAAUCAUUCCCUCCCUUUAGGGACCAGACAGCCACUGGGCUAAAUGCACCCCUCCCCACCCUGCAGGUGGAGGUGGGAGCCCUGGCUCCAUCCUGCCCCUUGCUGCAUGUCCCCCCCAGGCUGCCAGGCCUGGACCAGUGAUGGAGUUGCCGCCCACAAGGAUAGGAGGCAGGAGGACUGGCCCAGAACCCCCUAGGAAGAGCUGGGUUUGUGUGUGUGUUUUUGGACCGGGUAGAAUAUUUUUUCAGGCACCAAUCUCUUUUUUGAUCAGGGCCACUGUGGGUGGUCUAUCGUCCUCAGGAGAAGGAGGUGAGGGGAGUGUCGUCGUGACCUAAGCUUAGGGUGGAGAGGGGUGGAUGCCAUGUCCUCUGGUGGAGCCGGUUAGAUUUCAUUUUGGACCAAGGGACUGAGGAUCCAGCCCCCCUGCUCUGGAGUGGGAAGGGACCCAGGCUCGCUGCCCCCAAGACCCUAAAAGGGCUUGUCUGCCCCCCCCCCCCCCAUUGGCUGCAGGAGGUUUGUGGCAUCUGUAUUUGUCCCAGAGCCUUGUGGCCUGACUGGGGGCUGGGGGGUUGGAUGGCACUGUUGUGGACCUGGACCCUCAGCCUGGCAGGAUCCAGGCAUGGGUGCCUCAGGUCCAGUUGGAGCCGGGCUGGGGAGGGUCUGUCUGCAGGUUCAGCCCAGGGGCAGAUCCUUGCAGAGUUGGCCCAUCUGCCCUCAGUCCUUCUCUCCCAGAGGGGAAUGCCCUUGUCCUUGAGGGCAGAGGGGCGUGUGUCCCAUUCACCUUUGUGUCUGUGUGGAUGUCCCCUAGACGUCCCAGGCCUGGCCGUGCCUGUCCACAGUGGGCUUCGGGGCCCAGGAAGCUGAGAACGCUAAUGUCUGGCCCCUGUUCAGGGGCCUGAAGAGACCCGUGCCCCCCUCCUCCAAUGGGCCAGUGGUAGCUGUGGCCUUUCACGGGGGGGGUGGGGGGUAGGGGGUCGCAUCCCUAGGGACUUGUGCUUUCUCUGGUGGCACCCCUCUCCCUUGCCCUGCCUGCCCUUACCCUUGUAUUUAAUUAAAUAAGCCCUUUUUUAAAC